AUGGCCAACGUCUUCCGUCAAGCCACAUCGUGGCUCUACACCGGUCUGGCGGUGUUCUUCCUCGGCACAUGGAGCCUCAUCAUCCUUACCCUUGUUGGUAUGACGGCACUGAAUGAGGAUCCAGGCCUCGUCCAACUCAUCGCUCUCCCCUCGCUGCUUACGUUCCUGGUUGCGAAGCUCAUCGUCGCAGCCACUACCCCUACGGCCUCAUCCGCCCCCCGGGCCCAGGCUAGCGGCAACCUGGCGACGUGGCUCGCGACCGCGGACAACGGCUCGCCCCACGGCGCCCUUGUUCUCUUUCUGUUUUCCGUAAGCUGGCUGCUAUAUCUCGCGCGCGUAGUCUUCACUAUUUUCCUACUCGUCCUGUUCGGCGGCUUCUUCCUAUUUGCGUCGGCUAUGAACAGCGUCGAUAAGGAAGAAAUGGCGGCUGGCGAGGAGGGUCUUUUUGAGAAUGCCGAGUCGAGGGCAAAUUUCACUACCGCCUUGGUUGAGUUUGAGGAGAAAAUAGGGUUCACUUUUGGCGAGUCUCUGCAGGACAAGCCGUGGCUCAUCUUCCAGGUUGUGGCAACUAUCUGGGCCAUGUCCAGUUUGCUGAUGAUGUACAUCGUCGCGUACGGCUUUGGGGCACUUCGCAAAGUCUUGACGACACCAAUGGAGGCGUGGUCCAGGGGUGGGGUGGCGACUCCGCGUAUCGAGGGCGCUCAGAAGAACGCGGCGGCUGUCGUGGUUGUUGAAAAGGAGACGGUGGUGUUGCCGGCGGGGAACCACGCUGCAAACUAG